AUGGGAAAGGACAAGGCUGUAAGAUCUGGAAGUGGAUCUGUUGGGCCUUUGUUCUGUAAUCUCCAUAACAAUGCAGCUUUAGCCAGCAGCAAAUAUUUGCAGGUGGAUGCAAUAUCUGGAACAGCCUUAGGCGAUACUCAUUUCCCAGUCCUACAAGACAGGCCUACGGUCAGAUGUACAAUUGCUUGCACUGAAAAUUGCAGCUCAGAAAGUGUAACUGCAGAACCAGCAACCAGUAGUAAUGAUGAUUUAUCAGUAAACUCUGCAAGUGGGAACAGGAUCUCUGCAGGUGGAAGAGUCAUCAGGGCUGCAUCACUAUUUGAUGAGACAAGAGAGCCCAGCCCAAUUUAUAGUAUCACAGCAGAAUCCAAUGUCACUUCCGUCAAGUUAAAAUGGGUGCUGAAUGAAAGUGCUUCUGACUGGUACAAGCUGUAUGAGAUACAGGUUGCAAAUCGAACAGCUGAUAAGUUUGUGAUGAGCCUGGAAACCAGUAAAACCGAAGCAGAAAUUACCGGCUUAAUCCCUGGGACACUGUACAACUUCACAGUGUUUGCUGUAGCAGCUGAUAAGAAUAAGACAGAAGGCGUGUCCAUAGAGCUGUAUACAAAGCCCAGCCGGGUUCAUAAUCUCACAGCAGAAUCCGUUGGUGUGACUUCUGUCAAGUUAAAAUGGGAUGUGAAUGACAGCGCUUCUGCGUCCUACACCUACAGGAUAGAGGUUGUAAAUGGUACAGAUGGUACACUUGAGAAGAACCAGAUAUACAGAGAAAACAAAGCAGAAAUUACGGGCUUAAUCCCUGGGACACUGUACAACUUCACAGUGUUUGCUGUAGCAGGUGGUGUGAAUGGGACAGAAGGAGAUGGAGUGACUAUAGAUCUGUAUACAAAGCCCAGCCCAGUUGAUCGUCUCAUAGCAGAAUCCAUUGGUGCGACUUCUGCCAAAUUAAAAUGGCAUGUGAAUGACAUUGCUUCUGGCUCCUACACGUACAAGAUAGAGGUUAAAGGUGGUACACUUGAGAAAAACCUGGAAACCAGUAAAACCGAAGCAGAAAUUACCGGCUUAAUCCCUUGGACACCGUACAACUUCACAGUGUUUGCUGUAGCAGCUGAUGAUGAGACAGAAGGAGAAGGCGUGUCCAUAGAGCUGUAUACAAAGCCCAGCCGGGUUCAUAAUCUCACAGCAGAAUCCGUUGGUGUGACUUCUGUCAAGUUAAAAUGGGAUGUGAAUGACAGUGCUUCUGCGUCCUACACCUACAGGAUAGAGGUUGUAAAUGGUACAGAUGGUACAGUUGUGAAGAAUCAGACAUCCAUUGAAACCAAAGCAGAAAUUACCGACCUAAUCCCUGGGACACUGUACAACUUCACAGUGUUUGCUGUAGCAGGUGGUGUGGAUGGGACAGAAGGAGAUGGAGUGACUAUAGAGCAGUAUACAAGGCCUAGCCGGGUUCAUAAUCUCACAGCAGAAUCCAUUGGUGUGACUUCUGUCACCUUAAAAUGGGAUGUGAAUGACAGCGCUUCUGAGUCCUACACCUACAGGAUAGAGGUUGUAAAUGGUACAGAUGGUACACUUGAGAAGAACCAGAUAUACAGAGAAAACAAAGCAGAAAUUACGGGCUUAAUCCCUGGGACACUGUACAACUUCACAGUGUUUGCUGUAGCAGGUGGUGUGAAUGGGACAGAAGGAGAUGGAGUGACUAUAGAUCUGUAUACAAGUAAGUCACACCGGGUUCAUAAUCUCACAGCAGAAUCCAUUGGUGUGACUUCUGUCACCUUAAAAUGGGAUGUGAAUGACAGUGCUUCUGAGUCCUACACCUACAGGAUAGAGGUUGUAAAUGGCACAGAUGAUCCACUUGUGAAGAAUCAGACAUCCAUUGAAACCAAAGCAGAAAUUACUGACUUAAUCCCUGGGACACCAUACAACUUCACAGUGUUUGCUGUAGCAGCUGAUGAUGAGACAGAAGGAGAAGGAGUGACCAUAGAGCUAUAUACAAGGCCUAGCCGGGUUCAUAAUCUCACAGCAGAAUCCAUUGGUGUGACUUCUGUCACCUUAAAAUGGGAUGUGAAUGACAGUGCUUCUGAGUCCUACACCUACAGGAUAGAGGUUGUAAAUGGCACAGAUGAUCCACUUGUGAAGAAUCAGACAUCCAUUGAAACCAAAGCAGAAAUUACUGACUUAAUCCCUGGGACACCAUACAACUUCACAGUGUUUGCUGUAGCAGCUGAUGAUGAGACAGAAGGAGAAGGAGUGACCAUAGAGCUAUAUACAAGGCCCAGCCGGGUUCAUAAUCUCACAGCAGAAUCCAUUGGUGUGACUUCUGUCACCUUAAAAUGGGAGGUGAAUGACAUUGCUUCUGACUCAUACACGUACAGGAUAGAGUUUGUAAAUGAUACAUUUGUGAAGAGCCUGACGUUCAGUGACACUAAAGCAGAAAUUACUGACUUAAUCCCUGGGACACCAUACAACUUCACAGUGUUUGCUGUAGCAGCUGAUGAUGAGACAGAAGGAGAAGGAGUGACCAUAGAGCUAUAUACAAGGCCCAGACAGGUUCAUAAUCUCACAGCAGAAUCCAUUGGUGUGACUUCUGUCACCUUAAAAUGGGAGGUGAAUGACAUUGCUUCUGACUCGUACACGUACAGGAUAGAGUUUGUAAAUGAUACAUUUGUGAAGAGCCUGACAUUCAGUGACACUAAAGCAGAAAUUACUGACUUAAUCCCUGGGACACCAUACGACUUCACAGUAUUUGCUGUAGCAGCUGAUAAUGAGACAGAAGGAGAAGGCGUGUCCAUAGAGCUGUAUACAAUACCUGUCCCAGUGGAUUCAUUUCAGUGUGAACCAGUAGCCAAGCAGCCUUUCUUAAGGCUGAAGUGGAAGUGUCCUUCUGGUAAAAACUCUGGCUUCAGAAUUAAAAUAUCUAAUAUUUCAGAGAGUUCAGAGAGCUGCAUGGUAGAAGGCUCUGAGCAAACCUUCCAAACAGCACGUUUACGUUUUUUCAGCACCUAUGAUGUUACUAUCAUAACUCUUUCAAAUGGCAGUGAAAGCUCUCCAGUGACCAAGUCAUGUCGCACCAGCAUUACCGACCCGCCUCCUCAAACCGAAGUUCCUUCAGUCAAGGCCGUCAGCCACAGCUCGUUGUCUGUUGAAUUCUCUGAUUUUGAUUCACUGAAUGGUCCAUUAGAAGCCUACGCAGUAAUGAUUACAACAGAAGAUCAAAGUUCUGCGUCUUUGAAAUCUAAAUUGAACAACACAUACAAAGAUUUCAAGAAGAAAAAGACAACUGCCUAUGUUACAUAUAUCAUAAAAACAGAGCCAGCAGAAUCACAUUCUUCCCCUUCUCAGAAUGGUAAAAACAUCAUUAAUGUAGGCAAGGGAAACACAAUGCAUGGCUAUGAAAAUGGACCAUUGAUCCCUCUUCAUUCAUACAGGGCAUGUGUUGCAGGUUUCACUAAUAUAACCUUUGUGGCCAACAUGAUUGAGGGGGAAGAUAGUUAUGUAUCAUUUUCACCCUGUUCUGAACCGGUUUUACUACCCCAGGAUCCAGGUGUUGUUGCUGGAGUGGUUAUUGGAUGCCUCUUGGCUAUCUUUGCUGUAGUUGCUGUAGGGGGGUUCAUAUUCUGGAGAAGGAGAAGGAAAGAUAAAAGAAACGCUGACGUGUCUUUUUCUCCAAUUAAAAUCAAGAAAUCAAAAAUGAUUAAAGUGGAGAACUUUGAGUCAUACUUUAAGAAGCAGCAAGCUGACUCCAACUGUGGUUUUGCUGAAGAGUAUGAGGAACUCAAGUCUGCUGGUGUUCAGCAGCCCAAAUUUGCUGCUGAACUUCCUGAGAACAGGGGGAAAAAUAGAUACAACAAUGUCUUACCGUAUGAUAUUUCUCGUGUUAAACUUUCAAAUCAAAGCUCUGGAACUGGUGAUUAUAUUAAUGCAAACUAUAUGCCUGGCUAUAACUCAAAGAAGGCAUUUAUUGCUGCACAGGGUCCAUUACCCAAUACUAUAGAAGACUUCUGGCGAAUGAUUUGGGAAAAGAAUAUCUAUUCAAUUGUUAUGUUGACAAAAUGUGUUGAACAAGCCCGGACAAAAUGUGAGCAGUACUGGCCCGACAAACAACCCAAGAGCUAUGGUGACAUUAUUGUGACAAUGGUUUCAGAAGUUGUUCUUCCAGAAUGGACAAUAAGGGACUUCACUGUAGAAAAGUCCAACACCCCUGAGAGCCACACGGUGCGCCAGUUCCAUUUCACCUCCUGGCCAGAUCAUGGAGUACCAGAGACAACAGACCUCCUCAUCAACUUCAGGCACCUUGUUCAUGAGUACAACAGCCAGAAUCCAAUAGACUCUCCUACUCUGGUGCACUGCAGCGCUGGCGUCGGGAGGACGGGGACGUUCAUCGCCAUCGACCGCCUGAUCCAGCAGGUGGAGAUGGAGAGCAGCGUGGAUGUGUACGGAGUGGUGUACGACCUCCGCAUGCACCGGCCCCUCAUGGUGCAGACCGAGGACCAGUACGUCUUCCUAAACCAGUGUGUCAUGGAUAUCAUUAAAUCCCAGAGAGAGAGGCAAACUGACCUUAUCUACCAAAACGUGACAGCAAUGGCAAUCUAUGAAAAUGUCACACCUGGGCCAGCCUUUGGGAAGGCCAAUGGCUACCAUGCAUAGAAGAAACCCAGUGCCUCCAGGAGGUGUCCAACUUGUGCCUCCCAGGAAAGGGAGGUUCCAACUUGUGUUUUCUGGGAUUAUGUGCAGUGUCUCAUGUGGCUUCUCCAGUUCUGUCUGCAUUCAAAGGUGUGAUCUGCAAGAGGAAAAACACAAUGCUGGCAGGAGCUGCAGACUGAUGUUAAAAAAAACCCAAACAACAAAACCCAAGCAAAACUUUUUAAAGUUAACAGAGGAAUCUUGUUUUUUUCUUGGGAAUUUAACAGUACUGAUAGAAGAAAUAGCAUUUGCAGUUUGAACAGUGACCUAGAGUUUAAAUAUUAAAAUAAUAACACAAGCUUUUUAUUACAAUUUUAUAUUAUUUCAUUUACAGACACCAAGCUGGUGGGUUGGUUUAAUAUAUUUAAUUAUAAGUUUCAGGAACAUAUUUUAUCUACUGUAUCUGGUUAUUUAGUUAAUAGAUAUGUGCCUCUGUGAUCUAUUUUUUUUUCUGUUCCUUUUUAUUUAAAAAAAGGAGUACAAAUGGCUCCUUCAAAUGGACAUUUAUACUUGGAAAUUGUGCCUUUUCUAGUUGCUACUCUAGGAAAAAAAAAACAGCAGAGAUUCUAUUUUUGUACUGAAACUCUUAAUGAGAACACAGAUUUUUAAAUAAGGCUUAUGUCAAACUUAACUGUAGUUGCACUGUUGGCAGGACUCUCCAGAAGAUUGGAGGUGAGCUUUGUUUUUGCAUUUCACCACAGAUAAUCCCCUGCCUUAAUGUUUCGGUGCCUCUGCCGGAGGAAAAGGAGUGUGGUCUGUCACUCCGAGCUUUAACUGUAGUUAAAAACAGAGCAAGUGAAUCUGUGAAUGUGUGUGUGUGGGGGUGUGGAUGAAGGACAGAAUAGCUCCUCCCUGUACCUGUUUUUAUACAAUUUAUAAUGAUUUAUUUAAAGGUGCAAUAUUGAUUUACUGAAUAAUGCUCACUCUAAUAGAGUUUUUCUCAGGUUGGUGUCUUUUUAUCAUUGUUGUUGUUUUUUCCUCAAAUAUAUAAAUCUGUGAAAAUGCUGAAACUAAGGUUCCAAAUGUUCAAGCACUCCCAAACGGAUUGACUGGCUUUACUGUUUCUACCAAAAGACAUUGCACAAAAUUCUGCUGUAAAGACAAAUUUCUUGGUUGAUUUAGCCAUUCAAAACUGAGACACAUCUUACCUGCCUGCAUCUCACUGAUCCAGUGUAAUUGUUUUGUAAUUAUUUGCAAUAUACUGCUGCUUUUGUUUUGGCUGGUCCUUUUAGAAACUGAAGGAAAUCCCCCGUUUGCUGAUUUCACAACUCAAGGAUCAGAUUGGAUUUAUUUUGCUGGUACAUAACUGUUAGACUUAGGAAGGCAUUACCAAUGAAGGACUUAGGUAGCUUGGGUGUGGGGGAGGGUGUGUUUUUGGUCUUUGGAUCGUUGCACUGGUUGCAUUGUAGAUGAAUAUGAAGUUUAUGAAUAAUGCUAUAGAAUAGCUAUAAAGCAGGGAAAAAAAUCUUAUGAAGGUUUAAUAACCAGAGUCCCUGGAAUUCUGCUGCUUUUUUGUUGUUGUUGUUUUGUGGGUUUUUCUUUGUUGUAGUAGAGUUGUCAGGAAAAGCUACAGAUGCUAGGAGUAUAUGUGGCUUUGCAGUGGAACCUGGCAACCUCACAGGGUCCAAUAUCAGCUGAAGGAGAACACAGGAAUUCCUGGUGCACAGCUGUAACUUUACAAAUAUCCUGAGGAAUUUUUUACAUCCUGGUGUGAAACUGUGGUGUGCUGUGUGAGCAAAACUGGAGGACAAACCACAGUGCACUUUUGGUUAUUAGGUUUUGAGGUUUGUUUUUUUUUUUUUUUGUUUGU